CCGAAUCAUAUCCAGCCCAAGCACUAUAUCUGGCAUCAUGUGGUAGCAUUCUGGAAUGAAGAUGGAAGAUAUAUGGUAUCGGGAUUGUGCUUCAGUAUCUAUCCGCGAGAAGACAGGCACUCACCUAUUCAUCUGAAGCAGUUGCCAUACUUUGCCUCAUCAUGCGUUGCUCAAUCACAACUCUGCUAGCCCUGCUAGCGAGCACUACUUAUGCGGCUGUUGGAGAUUGGCAGCAGUGUGGUGGUACGAACUGGUCUGGAGAGACAACAUGCAACUCAGGUGCUGGCUGCGUCAAGAUCAAUGACUAUUACUCUCAAUGCCAACCCGGUGCUGCGCCUGCACCUGCGCCUACGCCUACGCCUGGACCCUCCACUAUGUCUACUGUGCCAGUACCGACAUCUACAACAGUCUCGCCAGGUGCACCCACCGUCAGCAGCACCCCAGCAGGCACCGGGCCGGGCAAGACACUCCAAAGCGGCUACUAUUGGAUCCGCGGAGUCGCAGCCCCCAACUUCCACAAAUACUUCCAAACGAACCCUCUCUACUCGACCGGUCCUGCCCUCCUCGGCGACUACACGACAGCUGGCCAGUUCCAAGUCGUCAGCGGCCAGUUGGUCCAACUUGUCUCCGCGCCCGGCGAGCCCGUCAAACUUCUUUACGCCGUAGUAUCCGAGGAGCGCUCCAUCAACGGCAUGUCUCUCGCUGUCAGCUUCUCAGAGAGCAAGAACACGUACGGUACGUUUGCGUGGGGCGGAGAUGAUCUUCAGUGGAGUGUUGCGGGUGUUAAUCGGCCGAACAAGAGUGCAUGGUAUGUGUGCACUGGGCAGAAGUUGUAUAUCAAUCUCGGGAACUACUUGUAUCAGACGCCGAGUGGAUGCGCUGAUCAGACUGUGCAUUACUACAACGAUAAGACGGCGAACAACUAGGACACACAAGCAUGCCAUCUGUCGGAAGGACUUGGACGGCAGAGCGAAGAAGAUUUGGGAAUGAGAUAAAUCAAUUGAGUUGAGUAAAUUACUGAGGCCGACAAGAAGAGCAUCACUCCUAGGAGCACAUGCUCAAUUCAGUCGUACCGCGCCAUCUACCAUCUCAGUAUCAUAUCCCAGGUAUUUCAUAUCUACACAUACCACUGUAGUGUUUUUCCUCUCUACCAGACCCUAUUCUUCACCCGAGUCUUCCCCAUCAUCUUUUCCGCCUAACAGAGAUAGCCGAUAACAUCGCCGGCGGUAGCGCAGUUGGCCAUCUUGGGGUAAUCGCACUGGCUACCAUUGUUGCCAGGCUCACAGCGGAAGUACGAGCAGUC